GUUUUCAGAAAAGUUUAGACAAGUUUGACAGUUUGGGAGCAGAGACACGGACCGAGGAGAAACAUGACGUAGAGUUGUCAGUCUCUGACUGACCCAAACCACACACACAGCAGGCAGAUAUGGAGAGUGGAGCUCUGGGAAUGGACACAAGCACUGCUACAGAUCCCAGAGCGCAGUCAAACUGCAGCAUAGCCUGUCUACGGCGUCGGGCCUGGGCCCAGAGCAAAGACUGGCAAGAAACAGAACCAGAGCACUGUGGCCCUCAGGAGCCCCAACAAAGCCAGAUGGACUCUGAAGGGAACACUCAGAGACCCUCAGAAGAACCAGGGCGGGUUCCUAACAAGAUCACCAGCUGGCUGAGUGAAUGCAGGACUCCCCUCGGAGCCUCGCUAGAUGAUCACAGUGCUUCUCCCAGCAGAGGAGUGCUGAAAAACGGCUGCAGCUUUGAAGAUGACCUUUCCCUGGGAGCUGAAGCCAACCAUCUUCAGCCCACUAACAAGAAAACUGAAUCCUGUAGUAAUUUUGGUCUUGCAGCCGAUCAUAAAAGGAGUCAAUAUAAAGAAAGAGGAAGAAGUAUGAACUCCACAGGAUCUGGGAAGAGCAGCACUGUUUCCAGUGUUUCAGAGGUGUUGGAGCAGUCUGAGGAGCACCCAGAGGAGAUCCUCCACACCCUGCGUGUGUCAGAGCUGCUGGACCUGUACGAGGAGGACCCAGAGGAGAUCCUCUUUAAUCUUGGUUUCGGCCGAGAAGAACCGGACCUGUCUGCAAAGGUUCCCUCGAGAUUCUUCAACAACUCCUCCACAGCGAGAGGCAUUGACAUCAAGGUCUACCUCGGAGCGCAGAUGCAGCGGAUGGAGCUGGAGAACCCUAACUAUGCUCUGACCAGUCGUUUCCGUCAGAUCGAGGUCCUAACUACAGUAGCUAAUGAGUUCUUCCAGCUCUACAGUCAGGUUUCUGGUCAGCCUGUCCAGCGCAUCCUUUCCAGGGACCAAGGAGGAGACAAGGGUGAAGGAGUCAAUGAUGAGCAACCUCCUGUUCUGAAGAGGAGCAGCUCCGCGCUGAAUGCUGUAAAACUCCUCAAGAAAACCCUCAGCAGACACAACCUGCUCACUGGCACCUCUGAAUCGCCUGAAGCACACACACCACACCAGGACACUCAGCUGAACGGACACUCCCACUCUAACCACACACUCAUCAAUGGUCACGCACACCACAGUCCAGAACAGGACGGUGGCAGUACCGACCCCGACCACCAGAAACACAGUCGCAAGAAAGACAGCCGUUCUUUGGCAACGGUUAACGAGGAAACCAACGGGGACGGAGAAACAGAACAGCUGACAGACGACAGUCCUGAACAGAGCAGCACUGGACCUGCAGCCAAUGGGGCACAACAAACAGAGAAAGGAACCCAGGUGAUCAAAGAUGAGAAGAUCCUGACCUCAACUCCAGAGAAAGCUCCUUCCACUCUGGUUCCGCCCACACUGGCCCAGCUGCGAACAGAGAACGCAGACUCUUUCGACAUGGAGGAGAUUCAGAGUAAUGACGAUGAGGCUCCACUAUCCAGAACCUCCAGAAACAGCGACCUGUUGAGGACAGUCAGUCAACAGUCAGACAGCAGCGGGUUUGCUGAGGAGCCCUCCGCUGACUCCAGCUACCUUAAGGUGCAGGAAAGUAGUGACAGCUGUGACAGCGAGACCACUGUGACAUCGCACCCUUCGCAAGAUGUGGCCACGCCCCUCGCAGUAGACCAACCAGCGUUUGAGCUGCCAGACAUCAGACAAGAGGAGGCAGAGCCUAGUGGUACCGCUGAGGCUGAUGGGAGGAGUAGUUCCAGGGGUGAAAACGGGCAAGAUGAGAGCCCAGAGCAGGUUCCACAGUACGCAGCCCACCACCUCCCCAGGAACAAGAACCAUGAUGAGGAUGAGUCUGGGGACCAGACUGACCCUGAACCGGAAUCAGAACAAGAGCCUACCCAGAGUCUGUCUGCUCCAGAACAAGAACCAGAACACACUCAGAACCAGGCCGAGUCUGCUGCAGACACAGAAGCACUCUCUGAAGGAGCAGGUGUUGAAGACAAUGCUCAAGGGGAACAUGCACACUUGGACAGUUCAUACUGUCCCCUGACUCCAUGCUCUCCGGUCCUGAGGGCUCUGAACCGAGCCAAAAGGAACCAGCUGAGCAAGGACUGGCAGCUGCUUAACCCUGGGCCCAGUGACACAUCCCAAAUCCUGGGUAGAGGACGAGGAAGACGUGGUGUCCCCCUGCAGAGAUCCUCUUCCCUGCCCACCUCGUUUCUGGCGCCCACCAAGGUAGUGUCCUCUGUCAGGAUCCAGUUUGGGCGAGGUCAGUCAUCUUGCACCCAGCCCAAGUACUCCUUCAGAUACACCCAAGAGACCACAGGAGACAUGGAAGAGGAGGCGAAGGAGGAGGAAGAAGGGCAAACCAAUUGUCACUCUAAUCCGAUCAUAAACAAUGCCUCCUCCUCUGGCUCUGACAACAAACCACCAAGGCUCCCCACAGAAGCACAUACCCCACCUAAACCCAUCCCACGCUACCUGUUGCGGUCAUCUCAAUCACUGCAGAGCCCCAGUCCUCCUCCUGAUUUGUCACCAGGGGGCCAAGACCUUUCCUGGAGCACCCAAAGUGUUCCUGAACUGUCCUCCAACCAGCAGCAGCAUGACCAGUUCCAACAGAACAUGAGUCCCAACCUGAACCAGCAAAGUUGGAAUUCAGGACAGAUGAUGUUCCCUCAACCUAACCUGAACCCUACAGCUCAGUACUUAAACCCAAGCCCCACUCCUAGUCCCAGCCUUAACCAAAACCCAUACCCCUUCACUCUGAACCCUUCCUUGCAGUACCUCUCCCCUCUGCAUCCAUACGCUAGUCUUCCUAACCUUCAUAACCCCAACCCCUCCCUGAACCACCACUCUAGUCUUACUAGUCUCCAUCAACCAACAACUUCUCCAAUCCCCCAGCACGGGAGUUUCACCAACUUGCAUCAGCCCUCAUCCGCAUAUCCUCAUCACCUCAGUCCUGGCAACCCGCAUCCAGGAAGUCCGAUAAUGCCCCACCAGAGCUUCAACUUCCCAUAUGGUCCUCAGUUACCCUACCAUGCCAUUCCUCACGGUUCGCAGUUUGCCACACCCUACCUUGGUUACAAUGGAUAUAACAUGAACCCAUACCUGGCUCACGCUCCCCCUGCCCCAGGCUUCUUCUCGGGCCAAGCCUCGCCCUUCAGCCCAGGUCACAGCCUACACCCAGGGCUCACUCCUCCUGCUGCUCCUGGCCCAUCCAGUACUGAGAUGCAACUGAGGAGAGUUCUGCAUGAUAUCAGAGGAACAGUUCAGAGUCUGAGCCAGAACCGGGCUGACACUCCAGACAUGUUCAGUGAGCGCAGAACACCUCUGCCCAGCCACCAGCCUUUGACAGAGUUUCAACAGAUGAGGAGGAGUCUGAACUUAUUCCGCGGUCAGAUGAUGGAUCUAGAGCUGUCAAUCAUCCGACAGCAGUCUUUAGUCUACAAACACCUGAGUCCUGCUGACAGGCUGGAGAUGGAGCAGCUUCAAUCUCUGAGGUCAGCAGUCAGAGAGGAACUGCAGGAGCUGGAACAACAGCUGGAAGACAGACUGAUGGAACAAACACAGCAUAGGGGUCUCCAUAGAGACAGCAGUAUUGACAGUCUGUCCACCGCCUCUGCACUUAGAGCCAUGGAGCCGGUGUCAGACCUUCUCAGAGAGCAGCUCUUCCUCCAAUCAGAGCUCAACUAUGACGGCCGUGCCCCCUCUACCAACCCCUCCUCCAGAUCCUCCAGAUCCUCCAGUCCAGUCAGAGGAGGAGGAGAAAGCUGCGAGCAGAGACAAAGCGUAUUCCGGGCAUCAAUCAACAUAACCCCGGCACCACCUCCUCGACCCAACACACACUCAGGGGAAGAGGAGGAGGAGGAGGAGGAGGAAAGAGGGAGGGACAGUGGUGGUGGAGGAGGAGGAAGAGGAGGAGUACCAGAGGAGGAGGGUGCAGCAGGAGGAAUCAGAGUGGAGAACCUGCAGCAGCUCAUCAGAGAGAUUCGAGAGAGCGUGGCUCAGGAGGUCCGACGGGAGAUCUACAGCGAGCUGAUGGCUGCAGUGUCACCACGGCGAUCACCUGUUCCUGCUAGACAGCACCCCCUGUAGUCAUGGCAACACCUUCAGCCUUAGUAACCACAGCCUGAGCAGCACUACUGUCUGUCUGCAACACUGUAUAGCACAGUAACACUGUCUGUGUGGAACACUAUGUGUCUGUAACACUGUAUGUCUGUAACACUGAACACCUGCAUGUUCUUAACCCCGCCCACCCACCAGUGGCCCCCACCCAGCUGUUGUCAUGUCUGGUUGGUUCUGCCUAGGCAAUGUGACACAUACUGGGACCUUCAGUCUUCACCCGUGACCCGUCAGCGAUGUGAUGUCUUUCCCUCACAUCCAUUUCUUCUUUCUAACCUGUUGUGAUCUAAAGCUGGGCCUUAAACUACUACCACUGCCAGUAAUACCACUAGUAUGGCCAACAGUACUGUUACCAGUACCACUGCUACACAUUGAUCAGGGUUAAAUGUAGUAAAUCGUGACUGUUCAGUACUACACCAUUGUUAAAGGGUUGGUUCACCCACAUUACAAAAACCUCUUCUCUUGUUGCUGGUUUUUACUUGUCCUGGUUUUGAGAUAUCCAACUCCUAAUUUUCUCCCUCCACCUCAGUAUGAUGGUGAACAAUGGAAUUUAAUUUGUAGUGUUCACAGUAUUGAAAAUAUUGCACAAAAAAAUCAGCAACUACUAGAUGUAAGUGAGGGAAUAUGUCUUUUAGAAAUGUGGCUGAACUGACCCUAUAACAUGUUAUCAGAACAAUAGAUAAGGGACCAGUUUCCCUUAUAAAAUACUAUAAAUACAGUAGCUAUCGCUUUAUCUAUGCACUCCCCUUUUUAGUUAGGGGUUACAUUCCUUAAUCCUGAAUAAGAAUAGAGUCUGCAGGGGGUCAAACUGAGCUAUUUCAUCCCUCAAAGUUACACAAUCCAUGCACAUUUCACCUUUCUGUAAAAAUGUUUAAAGAGGGUUUUAAGGUAUACAGUUCAGGGAUUAUGGUCCUGUAGCUGUCUACAUUCCUUCAUCAUUAUCAUUGCCAUCACCAUCAUCAUGUGCUACUCAUCCUCUCACCUCCACCACAGUAAAAUCUGUCACUUACUGUGAUUUCGCUCAUGUGACGUUGCCUCUGCUGGUCAGUUGAUCUGCCAAAGAAAGUCAUGACUCAUGAAGUUAAAAGCUACAGUCAACCAGAGGUUCUUGCACACAGGUGUUAUCAGUUAUUUUAAGUGAUGAGCUAAAAUAAUAAAAGUCCAUUAUUAUGAGCGUUGUCACAGCUGCAGAGAGACCCCACAUGAACUGUAUUGUAUUGAGUCCUAUAGACAGGAUUAUUCAAAUACUGACCUCAAAAGUCCAUGUAUGUUCUAACAGAAUUCUUUUCACAUUUUAUUUAUUCUUUCAAGCGUUUUAUUCUAUACAUUAUGGGCUAAAUGUUGUUUCAAAGCCUGAGGUGCAGAAUACUCAAUCCCAUUUAGUCUAAUUUAUUUUGCUGUCAUCAAAUUUUAGGAUAAUCGGCCUAGCAAUACAAUGGAAACUUCCCUGCGUAUUAUUUAUCUUCCCAAAUUCUCAGAAACAUUACUGAAAACAUCUCUUUGUCUUUAACGGUAGUUACAGCCUUGACUUUAAGACAAAAGAAUAAUGAGCCAACACCACUAACUUACUGUACAGCUGUUCGUUUUGCUUAAAACAAUGCUGCUAUAUGUGAGCACGUUCAGCACACCAUGUUUGAAUCAGUGCACAUUAGCAGACUCUUUCAUAGGACAUUUUGACUUGUAAAGCAGAGGUUUACAUAACAAUAUUAACAAUGCCUCCAUUCCAUGAAUUGUCCCACUAAGUUCACAAUGCCAGAGUCUGGAACUGGCUCACUUAAAGGCAGUGCAGCCCUCUAGUGGGCUACCUUGCAAACUCACCUGUAGGAGGCUAGCUAGGUGGGAAAAUGUUAGCACUAGCCAACCAUAGUAGCCCAUCAAGCUAGCUGGCUUGCUAGCAUGGUUACUACACAGACGAGAUGAUACAGUUAGAGUUUAAGAGCUGUUUUUUUGCAUUUGUAUCAUUGACUGACCAUGCUGCGUCUGUUUUGUGGAGCAGUUGAUACUUCAGGAAGGCAGGGUUACAUUAAAGUGGAUGGCGCCACCUAGCUAAUAAGCUAACUUCCUCCUUUUUUAACUCUGUCCUUCAAAGUCGGACACUGUCAAGACACUUUACAACAGCACAAAUUCACAUGUCACAGUUUGAGUUGAAGCAAAACAAAUUUGUCUGGGUAGUUGACAGAAAAUGUAUCGUCAACAAUGUUAAUAAUUGAUUAACUGUUAAAGUCAUGGAAAAACUCAAAAUAUUUGCUGGUUCAAGCCUCUUAUAGGUGAGACUUUUCUCCCUUGCCAUUUUGUGACAUUAGGCUAUGAGUUAAAUAUCUUUGUUGUUUUCGACUUUAGUUGGACUAACACAAAAUAAGACGUGGUCACCGUGGACACCUUGGAAAUUAUAACAGUUUCCACUAUUUUAUGGCAUUAAUAGAAAAAAUAAGAAAUGACAGGUUAAUCGAUAAAAGAAUUAUUAGUUGCGGUCCUAAAUGCUGAUCAGAUUGUCCCAUUAGGACAGAGCUUGAGCAAGACUUUUAAGAUGCUGCUUGGUCAGUGCGGCCAGCUGUUGUUGGUCAGCAAAUGGCUUCAACUAUAACUGCUGCUAAAAACCACAAUGUCUCUUUUUCUAUAUAUGUAGUUGUAAACUUUGUAAACCUGUUCAAUAAACCGGAUACAUCAUGUGUAUCAGACAGCUUUGGAGUUGAUGGAAGGUGGAGCUAGGCCUGCAGGUACCCCCAUGCUUCCAGGCUUUCUGUUUAGCAGCGUCCUGAACAAGAUGUCAGAAAAUUAACUGUACCUUUAACUACAGUCACAGUUAGUGCUUUGAGUGUGUGUUGGUUCGUACUGAGCAGGUGAUCAGGUCAGCGUGUGAUGUCACAAAGUAACGUAGAUUUCAGGUUUCGGUAAGUUGUCAUGAUGAUAGUGAUGAUGAUGAUGAUGAUGUUGUAAUGACUGGUCAAAGGGAGAAGCUUAGUGACCAGACCAUUUGGGAGAGAGGGCAUUGCAGCCCAAAUCUUGGCUGUGUUAGCAUGUUAGCUCCACACUGUCUGUUGACAAAUCUGUGUGCAAUAAUAUGAACAUCUAUACUGAUUACUGAGAUUAUCAAUAAAUCCCUUCUAACAUUUCACCUGUGAACAGUCAUAUACCUGCAUGUCUAAUACAGUUGUAUCUGAAACUUCCUAGUUUUAUUGAGAGAUACUGAAAGAAAAUCAGAUUUUUCCGUUUCCUCUGUCCACCGAACUGAUUGAUCAUGCAAUGAUUAAUUACUCGUUAAUCACAAAUGACCAAUUACUGAACAUCUGUUUUCUAAAGUGUUAAAGCCUUUUUGUAGUUUCUGGACAUACCUUCAGUUAUCAAAGCCAGAAAAUCAAAAAGCUUGGAGGAGCUGAGGUGAAAACAAGCAUUCAGCACCUGCCAUUUCUGUGGCUGUGAUAAGCUCAGAGACCUGUCAAUCAAGGCCAACACACCCCCUAAAUACCUCUUCGAUCUUCUUAAUGGAACAGAUACUUGGAUAAUAGAUUAUGUGUAAUAUCCACACAGACUCCCAUUAGAAUUGAAAUGAUCUACAUAAGCUGAACUUUGGGAAACAAAUGUUGACUUUUUGUUUGUAGAUGUUCAUUCUUGAAUUUUUGGGAAUAAUAUAUGAUAAAGAGAAUCUAAACUCAAAGGUCUACUUACUAAUAAUUGUGAGCUUACAGGAAUAUCUCAGUCUUUAUUCAACAAAUGAGCUUGCAUAUGGGAAUGUUUUAAUAUAUGUGAAUGCUCCAAAUCAUUAAUAAGCGGACCAUUAAUCUCAGUUUCUCUUCACCAUUUUAUCAAAUGUGUUUUUUUGUUUGUUUUUUUAGUGUUCAUUAAUCACAAACUCUGCUCUGCUGGACCAACACUCACUGUGAGCUCUGAGGCUUUUUUACAUUUUUACACACUUCUAAUUACACUUCACUGUCUGACUGUUGGUGUCUUUUAAUUUCUAUUGAUGUUUAUUAAUGAUGAUGUACGUAUUUUGUAUUGAUGUCUUGUCUGUGGGAUGCAGGGAUGGAUCACUCUGUAGAGAUAAGAAUAAUAAAGAUGUAUUUAUUUUUAGUA